AUGACUUUAGUAGAAUCUUCUAUAGAUGUUGGUCGUAUAUCAAGUUUUUUGGACUUAUCAUCAGAUUUUAUAACACAUUUAGCGUCAAAAGAAAAUGUUACACUUUUAUUGUCUGGUAUUCUUCAAAAAGCAACUGAAUUUGAUGAAUUAAAGAAAUCAAAGAUCAUAUUAGAAGUAAAUUAUGAACAAGAAACACAUAGUGCAAAUGUAAGAUUGCAAUCAAUUAGAAAUGAAUUAGAAACAAGUUUGGAAGAAAAUAAACAGCUUAAAGAAAGAAGUUUAACAUAUAAAACAACAAAUGAAAAACUUGAAACAGAAGUUGCAUCUUUAAAAUCAAAUAAUACAGAUCUCAAAGAACAUGUAUAUGGAUUAGAAUCAAGAAACCGCGUUUUGGAAAAUGAAAAGAGGGAUGUGAUUGAUGUACUUGAGAGAAAAACUCAAGAAACAUUACGUCAAGAAGAAGAAUAUCAAAAUUUAACGGAAAGAUAUGGAAAAUUGAGAAAAGAAAUGAGUAUUAUUGAAAGUGAAAACCAAGAAUUAAAAGACAAAGAGAUUACAUGGAAAUUUAAGGAACAAACUUCACAACAAGAAUUAGAAAUUUUGAAAAAAAAUAUUGAAUGGUUAAAUAAAGAAUUAGAGGAAAAAGUAGAAGAAUUUUCAGAAUAUCGAAAAGAUAAGUCAUCUCAAAUUUCUACUUUACAAUUAGAAUUAGAAAACACUAUUGCUGCAUCUACAAUACAUGAAAAAAGUGCAAAUACAUCUAAAGACCAACUUGAAAAAGUUUCUAAUAAACUUGAAGAGACAUUGCUUAAACUUAAAGAGUACCAGGAUAAAAUUGUUGAACAAGAAGAAUCUUUUAGAAAUGAAAUGGACAUUCAGCAUAGAUUAAUGGAGCUUUUAGAAGAGAAUUCAAAAAAUUCCAAACAACGUAUUGCUGAACUUGAAGAACAACUGGAUCAAAAUUGUACUAAAGAAGGUCAUGAAGCAUUAAAAUGGAUGAAUAUUGCAGAAAAGGAAAAAAAUCGUGCUGAUGUUGCAGAAUUGCAACUUGAAGAUUUAGAAUUACAAGUUGAAAAAUUACAAGCAGAAUUAGUUGUUUUACAUGAUCAAUUAUCAAAUAAAAUUAAUAAAAAUGGUGAAAUUCCACUAGGAGUUGGUUUAUUGUCACCAUCUACGCAGUCAGCUAAUAAACUAAAAAAAUCAGGAAUGUCAUUAACAAAAUUAUACUCUGAAUAUAUUACGACAAAAGAACAGUUAGAAAGCGAAAAAAAACAUAACGAAAGAAUACAGAAUAAUUUAAAUGAUCUUUUAUCAGAUCUUGAAAACCGUGCACCACAGAUUCGCGAACAAUAUCAAGAAUUAUCACGAUUACAAGUAGAAAUGGCAGAUAUAAGUGAAAUGCUGCAACAAUGUAAUGAACUAAAAGAAAAAUUUGAAUAUGAAAAUAAAACAUUAAAAAUUCAUAUUAAAGAUUUAGAAAAAGAAAAACAAAUUUAUUUAGAACAAACAAGGGAUUUAAGUAGACAAAUUCAAUGUCUUUUGUAUGAAAUGGAGAUCCAAAAUUAUAGAGGGGUUAUAAUAACUCAAGAAGAAAGAGAUGCUAUAAAAAAAAUGUCAGAAUCCAAUCUUGAUGAGCUUUCAGAUACUCAACUUUUAAUAUCAGAACGCUUGACUUUAUUUAAAGAUAUAAAAACACUACAAGAACAAAAUCAAAAUUUACUGAAAGUUACAAGAGAGCUAGGAGCACGAAUGGAAAAAGAAGAAUUAGAGAACCGCGAAAAAUUAGAGAAUUUACAAAGUGUUGCUGUCACAGAAGCAAAUAAAGUUAUUGAAGAUAUGAAAGAAGAAAUAAAAAAACUUAAAAUAAAAAUGGAUUCCUAUAUACGUGAAAGAGACAUGUUUAGAAGAAUGUUAGUAUAUAAUGGACAAACAGACCCUCUUGAUUCAGAAGACUUAAAGCAAGAUCAAUCAGAUAGCAUUUCAGCUAUUAAAAGUCAAAAUGCUUUACGUGAACUGCAAAUUCAAUUCGAUGAAUAUAGAAAUGAAGCAUCAAUUAACAAUAAAACACUUUCUCAACAAUUACGUGAUACUACUAAUCAUAAUUCUAAUUUACAAAUUCAACUUGCAAAAAUGACCUCACAACUUGAGUUGUUUUCCGAAAGAUAUAAUAUGCUUAAUGAAAAUAUUGAUAUCUUAAAAAACGAAAGAGAUAAUGUUAGUUUAAGAAAUCAACAAAUGCAAGAAACAGUAGCUAAACAGGAUUUAAGACUUUUUCAUCUUUCUGAAGAAGUUAUUGAGCUUAAAUCUACUAUAAAUAACCUUAAAACAGAAGCAACGAAUUUGAAAGCAGAAAAAGAGCUUUGGAAAAACAUUGAAACACGGCUUAUUAAUGACAAUGAGAAUCUUACGAUUGAAAAAAAUCGUUUAAAUAAAUUAUUGAGUGAUCUCCAAUCAAUAUUAAAUGAAAAAGAAAGAAUAGAAACAGAAUCUCGUCGACGCUUAACAGAACAAAAUGAAUUAAUAGAAAAAGAACUUCAACAAGCACGACGUAAAGCUAUAGAAGAAAAUGAAGAAUAUAAAAAACUAGUAAUGCGAAAAGAACAUGAGUUUUUAGAAUACCAAUCAAAAAUUAAUAAUCUUACUACAAAAUAUUCAGAAACACACGAAAAUUUGAUUAUAGCACAAACUACUCAACAAAAUCUUCAAUCAAAAGUUGACGAAUUGAGCAUCCUUCUUAAGUCUACAGAAGAAAAAUUACUAGUUUAUCAAAAAGAUGCUUUUAAAACAUCAGAAGACACAUCAUGUUCUAAAGAACAAGAAUUAGAAAUAGAAAUAACAAAUCUAAGAAGCUCUUUAGAUAUAGCAAAAGCAGAAGCUGUACAAGCAAAAAAAAAUGCAGAUCAAAUGAAAUUAAUCAGUCUUGCAGCAGAAGAAGCAUUACAAGAUAUGAAUAAUAUUCAUGAUGAAUAUAAAAUUGCAGUGGAAAAAUCAUUAGAAAAUAAAGAAAAUAAUAUUAAGGAAUUAGAACAAAAAAUAGAAAUCAUUUCUAAAGAAUUAAAAACAACAAAAGAAGAAUUGUUACAACUUCAUACAUCUCAAAAUGAACAACACGAAAAUUUUGAAAACCAAAAAAAUGAACUAGUUACUAAAAUUGAAAAACUUAAAGAAAUCGAAGAAUCUUCUAUCAAAGCCCAAAACGACUAUCAAGAAGACUUACGAAAACAAUUCCAAAUAGCUCAAGAAGCUCGUUUAAGUUAUGAAAGAGAACUUAUUGCUCAUGCAGAGGCCAGAAAUAGUCUACAAUUAUUAAGACAAGAAAAUUUUGACAUGAAAGCAGAAAUAUUAAGUUUAAAUAAAGACAAUGAAUCAUUUAAAUUUCAACUUUCUGCUUCUGAAAAUAGCUGGAAAGUAUUAAAGGAAAAUUAUGAAAAAGAAUUACACGACAUUAAAACCAGGUGUGAUGAACUUGUUCAACAAAAUAACCUUUUACAUACUCAAUUCGAAAAUAUAAGUCUUCAAGCUUCAAAAUUACAUAAAGUUACUAAUGAAAAUGAUACAUUUAAUACGCAUGAUUCAAAUAAUUCAAUGGAGCCUAAUAAAUCUAUAGAAGAUUUAAAAGAAGUAAUCAAAUUUUUAAGACGCGAAAAAGAAAUAGUAGAUUGUCAAUAUGAACUUAGCAUACAAGAAAAUAAACGUAUAAAACAAGAACUUCAAAAAACACUAAAAUCACUUGAUGAUACUAGAUCUACAUUAAGCUCUGAAAGACAACAAAGAAAUGAUUUAAUUAAUUCUGAAUCACAACAUCAAGAUUUAAUGAGCAAAAUUAAUGAAUUAAACAUAUUACGUGAAAGUAAUACAAUUUUGCGUACCGAAAAUAAAAUAAAUACUCAACGACUAAAAGAACUUGAAGAUUCAGUUCAGAAUUUAACAUCUCAAAUUCAGCCUUUAGAAGAUCAAUUACGAGUACUUCAAGCAGAACAUGAAGUAAAAGAAUCUCAAUUGAAAUUAACACAAGAAGAUAAUGAAAAAUGGAAAAAUAGAGUACAGCAAAUUUUACAAAAACAUGGACAAAUUGACAUUGAGGAAUUUAAAAAUUUAAAAAAUAAACUUGUUUUAUUUGAAACUGAAAAUACUAAAAUUUUGCAAGAAUAUCAAAAUGCUAAAGAAGAAAUCGAUAAACUUAAUCUUCAGAAUACAAAUCUAGCUAAUGCAUGGAAAACAAAAUAUGAUCGUUUAUUAAGCCAAAGUAAAGAAAAAAUUCAAGCAAACAGAUUACAAAUAACACAAAAAACUCAAGAAUUAGAAGUUAAAGUGAAAUUAGAAGAAGAAUUAAAGAAGGAAAUAGCUCUACUACAAGAAACUAUAUCUAAAGAACGGGAAUCUAAUCAAGAAAAGGAUAAAAUUAAAUUAGAAAAUACUGUAACUUCUCUUGAAAAUGAAAAAAUACAAUGGGAAACGGAAAAGAAAAACUUAAAUAAACUUCAAGAAGAAAUAAAAGAAAAAGAAAAAAUAUUUACUGAAAAAAUAGCUGAACUAGAAAAAGUUAAAGAAAAUAGUGAACAAGAAACAAAAAAACUUAAGGCAAAAGCGCUUAGUUUUUUCAGAGAAAAAAACGCAGCACUUGAGGAACUUAAAAAAGUUAGAACUCAACUUAGCGAACUUCAGAACACAGAUCAAAUACCAAAAAGUUCUAAUAUGGAUGAAUUCAUUGAGAAAAAAAUACAAGAAAGAUUAUCAGAAUUACAAAAAGAUAAAGAAAAUGAAAUAGAAUUACGAGUUAAUAAUCGUAUAAAAGAAAUACAAAAAAACUUUGAAAAUGAAAAAAUAGAAAUAUUAGAAAACGCAAAAUUAAAUAAAAAAAUUAACGAAAAUCUUAAUCAACAUAAUAUAGAUUCUAUUAUUGAUGAUCGUCUAAAAGAAGAAAAAGAAAAAUUAAAAAAAGAAUAUGAACAAGUUUUAUUAACUAAAGAAACAGAACUUAAAAAAAUACAUGAAGAAAAAUUAAAAGCAUCUCUUGAACAAGCUAAAAAAAAUACAACACCAACAUUAAGAGCAGGUCCAAUAAAAGAACAAAUAGAAAAAGUUGUAUCAAAGCGUUUAUCAAUAGAAUUAUCUAAAGUUCAAACAGAAUGGGAAAAUGAGACUCAAACAAAAAUAAAGGAUGCAUUAGAAAAACAAGAACUUGAACUUAAAAAUAAAUAUACACAAGAUGUUGAAAAUUUAAAAAAAGAAAAUGAAAUGAGAAAUAAAUUAAAACUAUCUAAAGCAGAAAAACAAAUUUCUAAUCUAAAAAAUAAAAUAUUACUAUUAGAAUCGAAAAAAACAGAACUAUUGGAAGAUUCAACCAAGUUAGAUGAUAGCGAAAAAGAACAUAUAGAAACAGAAUCAGACAUUCCAAGUUCAAUUAAACAUUUUGAUGAUAAAAAUGAAGAAACUGCACUAAGUAAAAAUCUCAAAAAACAAACAGAAGAAAAACAAGAAGAUAUACCUAUAAAAACAGAUAUACCUUUAGAAUUAGAGACUGUGACGAAUACAUCAAUUAAUAAAGAAACAGCUGACACUCAAACUACAUCCAAAACACCAACAAAAGUACCUCAUAAUCAACUAACAUCUCAUCCAAAAACACAUUCAAAAACUCUUUCUGCUACCGCACCAAGAUUUAUUCCUACAAAACGAAUCAGAGAAAAUAGUCCUAUAACCACUGGAUCACUACCCUUAAAUUUAAGAAAACGAAAAGUAAACGAAGAUACAAGAUCUGUAAAUAAGAAAAGUACAUAA